CAAUAGGGUUUCGUUCAACUUAUCGGGCAUGUUUGUAUGUAUAACCGUGUAUCUAAGAUUCUAAUAUAUAUGUAUCUUGACAUUUAUCUGCACUGAUUCUUUCCUGUUCACUCUCAUCUCCCUCUUCUUCCGCCGCCGCGGCCACCGUCACUGCCCUUGCCGCGGCCGCCGUCACUGCCACUAGGAGUGGAAAUUAGAAAAACCCUAACCAUAUAUUGCGAUAUGGGUGGUGAUGGGAAAACAGGGGAGGAAGAGAAGCAGAGCAGCCAAACUAUGGCGUCUGAUCUGAAUGAUUACGCUAUCAUCAAAGAAGGAGAGGCAGAGAUUAUUAUGCAGGCCAAGAACGAAGUGUUUUACAACAAAACCCAGGUGAACAACAGGGACAUUUCUAUUGCUGUCUUGAGGACAUUUAUAUCCAAACGCAAACAGGAGCAUGAAUCAAUGCUAUCCAGAAGAACAAGAACGGCACAAAAGGUAUCAAUUGAGAAUACUUCUGAACCAGAAGCACCUAUCGAUUCUGUUGUGGAUAAUGAAAAACCUAAUGGGGAAUGUGAAGAGUCAGAAGAGAUAUCCCAUGAUGAACCAUGUAGCAUAUCAAAAGGACCAGUCAAAACCCCAGACUGGAAAAUACGCGGGGAAUUAAAGCCACCUAGAGUACUUGAGGCCUUGUCAGCUUCUGGGUUAAGAGCUUUAAGAUAUGCACGUGAAAUAGAAGGGAUAGGUCAAGUUGUGGCCCUGGACAAUGAUAAAGCUUCUGUUGAAGCUUGCAGGAGAAAUAUAAAAUUUAACGGUUCAGUGGCAUGUUCAAAGGUGGAAUCACACCUUGACGAUGCUCGAGUUUACAUGCUCACCCACCCAAAAGAAUUUGACGCGGUUGAUCUUGAUCCUUAUGGUUCACCUUCGGUGUUCUUGGACUCUGCGGUGCAAUCAGUUGUUGAUGGAGGCAUGUUGAUGUGCACAGCAACUGAUAUGGCAGUGCUAUGUGGGGGUAAUGGGGAGGUUUGCUAUUCCAAGUAUGGUUCCUAUCCACUGAAAGGAAAAUAUUGCCAUGAAAUGGCUUUGAGGAUCCUCCUUGCCUGCAUUGAGAGCCAUGCAAAUAGAUACAAGCGAUAUAUUGUUCCAGUGCUCUCAGUUCAGAUGGACUUUUAUGUUCGGGUUUUUGUUCGCAUAUAUACUUCUGCAAGUGCAAUGAAAAACACUCCGCUUAAGCUCUCUUAUGUUUAUCAGUGCAAUGGUUGUGAUUCUUUCCAUCUUCAGUCGAUUGGGAGGACUGUGUCCAAGAAUAACAGCAUCAGGUACCUACCUGGGUAUGGUCCUGUUGUUCCUCAAGAAUGCAGGGACUGUGGCAAGAAAUACAACAUGGGUGGGCCAAUAUGGUCUGCUGCCAUUCAUGAUCAAGAAUGGGUAACUUCCAUGCUAGCAGACGUGAAAUCAAUGGAGGACCGCUAUCCUGCUUAUGAUCGAAUAUCUGCUGUAUUGACGACAGUUUCAGAGGAAUUGCCUGAUGCUCCUCUGUUUCUGAGUUUGCACAAUCUCUGUGCUACACUAAAAUGCACUUCCCCGUCUGCAGUAAUAUUCCGCUCUGCUGUAAUUAAUGCAGGAUAUCGUAUUUCAGGAACUCAUGUAAAUCCAUUGGGACUGAAAUCAGAUGCUCCCAUGGAUGUCAUUUGGGACAUCAUGCGUUGCUGGGUCAAAAUUCAUCCUGUGAAAGUUCAACCUCCAGAGCAGGCAGGAAGUGUUAUACUUGCAAAGGAACCAGUCCUUCAAGCUAAUUUUGCUCGAGCUGUUGCAUCCCUUAGCAAAGCACAAGCCAAGAAGGUUGCACGGUUCCUUCCAAAUCCUGAAAGGCAUUGGGGCCCUAAGCUCAGGGCAGGCCGUCAGAUUACAAGCAAGCACUCAUCUCUUUUGGGUCCACAUGCGGUGCCUAGCACUAAUAACCACGAAGAAGGUGAUGAUCCCCAAGCCAAACGUAAGAAGGUGGAAGAUCCCAUUUCCAUUUCGUGAGAACAAGGCAUCCUUAUUUGAAAAUGUCCCAUGUGCCUUUCCCCAAGCUGACAUAGAGCUCAUUUCUGCUCUUGUACUCUGAUAUAUUACUCUGCAAAUUCAUUGCAGAAACAAUUGUUGGAGCUCCCAACCAUAAUCACGCGAAUUGCCCCUAGGAAAUUGAGGAUCACAACAAAUGUAUGUCCAUUUAAGAGUUCUGCUUUUGUUUGGUUAUAAUUAACUUUAUUCGUUUACUCACUGUUAUAAUGGGUUUAUCUAUCUUUUUGUCAGAGACUGUAAUCAAGUAGUACUUAAUUUAAUUAAUCUGAAGAGAGAUGUGUUUGUAUGA